CUUCGGAAAAGGAAGGAGCGGUACGCUGGGGCGCCGGCGGUGACCGCGAGGAUAGCGGUGACCGUUCUGGGAGAAGGCGGCCGCGGCUUGGCGGUUAGAGGAGGGGCCGGCUCCUCGGAGCGGCUUGGGACUGGAGUCAGGUGCGGAGUGGCAGGCUGGCUGAGGCCGAAUUGUUUGGACUCAGCCCGGCAUCUCCAACCAUGGGUUUGUCAGCAUCUACCCCUGCUGUUGCAGUCCAGAGCUCAAACGCUUCAGAUCAUCAGACGGCAUCCCCGCCUUCAGGAUGUCCCAUGCAUGAAGGGAAAAUGAAAGGCUGUCCAGUGAGCACAGAGCCGUCUAACCCAACUUGUGAGAACAAAAUGAACUCUGUGCCUGCCCACCAAGAUCGUGCGUAUGAGUACGUGCAGUGUCCUGUUACGGGUGCUGUGGCUGAGAAUAAGGAGAACCUAGAUCCUUCUAAUCUGAUGCCACCACCUAAUCAGAUGCCAGCCCCCGACCAGCCGUUCGCACUGUCUACUGUGAGAGAGGAGUCCUCCAUACCCAGAGCAGAUUCGGAGAAAAAGUGGGUUUAUCCUUCCGAACAGAUGUUCUGGAAUGCGAUGUUACGGAAAGGGUGGAAGUGGAAGGAUGAUGAUAUUAGUCAGAAAGAUAUGUAUAAUAUCAUCAGAAUUCACAAUCAGAAUAACGAGCAAGCCUGGAAGGAGAUUUUGAAGUGGGAAGCCCUUCAUGCUGCGGAGUGUCCUUGUGGUCCAUCGUUGAUCCGGUUCGGAGGUAAAGCGAAAGAGUAUUCACCAAGGGCAAGAAUUCGUUCCUGGAUGGGGUACGAGUUGCCUUUCGACAGGCAUGAUUGGAUCAUCAACCGUUGUGGGACGGAAGUCAGAUAUGUCAUCGACUACUACGACGGCGGGGAGGUCAACCAGGACUACCAGUUCACCAUCUUGGACGUCCGGCCCGCCUUGGAUUCGCUCUCGGCGGUGUGGGACAGGAUGAAGGUCGCAUGGUGGCGCUGGACUUCCUAAGUGCUGUUUUGUUAGAGAUGGGAAAAUAGAAACUAUUUUUCUUCCAAGCAAUACAUUAAACCAUUUUCCCCAGACUGCAUUGCUCUCAUGAUGUAAUGGGAAUGGCAGGUGGGUGAGGACACCUUUGACGCCCCAUAGAGAGGGGGCCUGGCCCCGUGUUCUUUGGUGUUUACCUUGCGCAGUUUAUAGCAGGUCGUUGCAGGUUUCCUUCCCGCUUGGCUUAAGUGGGAAGCAGUCCCUUGGUUUUUCCUUCAGCUGCAGUAUUGCCUAUUUAAUCUAGAAAAGUGAACAAUGUCUGAAAAAGAAUGUUUCUUGUCAUGUGAAGAGAGCUGCUUUUUUCCUUACUGUUUCUCAGGAACACUUGAGACGUAGCCCCGGCAGCCCGUGUUCUGCCGAGGAGUUUUUAGCCAGCCGGGUGUUUGAACGAAUACUCUCCGUUGCAAAUAAGUGGUUCUGCUUUCACAGAAGAACCAGCGUGUCGCUGGUUGUUCUGCUUUCGCAGAAGAACCAGCGUGUCGCUGGCCCUGCGAGAGUAGCGUGCCCUUAAGAAAACGCAGAGCUGUCCGCUGGCAGUGCUCUCAGCAAAACGAAGGCGCAUCUUGGCUCCAGAUUCUCAGUUGUGAGAAUUUUUCAGGCUGGACCUUGUUCUAGAAUAGUUUCAACUCCCCCAUGGUUUGAUGAUGCACGUGCAUUGGAAUCCAUGUUUUCACUUUUUAAAGAUUUGAAUUCCCGCUAUUCUGCCACAUGCCUCUGCUCCCAGCAAGCACGCCUCGGAGUCCCGUUUCUCCUCCUGCCGGCAGCCCUCCUUCCAGCCGGCCUCGCCAGGACCUGGAAGGCUUGGCGCAAAUCACAGCACCACGAUGGUCCCUCUCGAAAACACACUUCUGCUUUGUUGAGUGUUAGGAUGCACGAAAAGAGUAUUUUUCCCAGAUACAGAAUGUUUGUAUCAACUCACUGUCUCGGCGCAGAUUUUUUUCUUUUCUUAAGGGAGCUCUCAGUUUGCCGUUGAAAUUCUUUCUACCGGUGAUUCGUUAGCCGCAUGAGAUGACUGUUGGGGGUUUUCCUUAAGUGUUGAUGAUAAUCUUUUGAUUUCCCUGGAGUCUAGUGUUAAGUUAGUAGAAGGAACUGGCAGUCUGGAGUGAUUGAUUUGAUAUCGAUUUCCUUGUUGUGUCGGUUUUGUGUGGUGGUUCCAAAAUCCAACAACGUGAAACUCUUCUACGUGUCAAAAUGUUUGCACAUUUUAAAAUAAAAUAAAGUUGAUAGUU